AUGUCUGCAAAGUUUCCCCCGCACAGCCUGCAUCCAGAGUACCAAGAAACUCAAGCUCCUAAGCCAAAUACCCGAGAAGACAAAAAAUCUAGACCUGAUCAAGGUAAGUCUUCCGAUCCUACAAUUUUCUUUGAACUAACAUGUUAUAGGUGUAAAGAGAAGGAACAUGUUGUUAAAUUCUGUCCCACAAAAAAAGCUUUAAUAAAAACAGAGCCACAAUCUCAACAACACUUAGUCAUGAGCCACAAGAAAUCAAAUUCCAUGAGUGUCUUAACAUACCUAUAUAGUGCCCAAAAGGUUGAAAAUAUUUCAGGUAAUAACAUGGAAUAUGGUGAAGGUUGUGAAACGACAAAAGUUGACACCAGUAAUCUCAAUAAAAAAAACCUGCCUGAUGCUCAACCAAUCGACAAAAAUCAGUCUAAGCUCCUAAACCCUUACACACUACAGUCGACUAACUUGAUCUAUCUGUGUGUAGGUAAAAGAGUUUCACGGACAAAACUUCAUGAAGAUUGA